AUGGUUCUCAACAAGGUGAAAAUCAAGACAGCCUCGGUAGCGUCCAGCGUUGGCUCGACGCCAACACAAGCGACUACUACCAAUCCAUGGACGAAGAACGUAGCACCUGCGCUUCCUAAGCAGCCCACUGUACAGUCGAGUCCGUCACCAGCUCCUGCACCUACUCCCGCCUCUACCUCGCAGGUACCUGCAUGGAGGCGCAACGCAUCGCAAGCGCCAGGCAGAUCUAUAGCUCCCAGCAUGCUGAAGAGCGUCCUAAACGGCAACGCCUCCCGCCUCGACCCUGGCCUCGCCAGCGCAAUGGGCGGCCUCAGCCUUAGCAGUCAAAAGCCCGCACCACCAGCAAACUACUAUGACCCCUCUCUAGGCCCCGAAGGCGAACCCCUCCCCGACGCCUGGUCAGGCAGCGCCUGCCCCUCCGUCAACACCAUCGGCGGCUACAACGUCUCCUUCCGCAACGCCUCCUGCGUCCGUCACAAACGCACCGUCAACGACUUCCAACGCGGCGAAAUCAUCUGUCUCCCCUUCCACGUCGCCAACCUCAACCCCAAAAACAAACUCGGCCAGAACUUCCGCCUCGUCAAAACCUGCGAAGGCCCCGCCUUCAGCAAACGCCGCAUCCUCGUCGUCCUCUACAAACACCAGCAAGACCUCCAUUGCCUGCCUAUGUACUCCUUCGAAGGCCAGGGCCUCGCGGCGAAGCAUCAGAGUCUGUGGCCGGAGUAUGUACAGGUCAAGAUGCAGAAUGCGACUAAGUUUCAUCAGAUAGGGCAGUAUCAGCCCAUCGUGGCGAGGACGUAUGAUAGUAGUCGGCCGCUGAUGGUGGAGAGUGUGGUGCACUUGACGGGGGGUGUGAGGGUGGAUAGUAGUGAGGAUAUUAGUUAUGUGGGCAGGUUGACGGAGGAGAGUUAUUUGAGGCUGGUGGCGUUGCAUGAUAGACGGGUGGCGGUGGCGAAGAAGGUGCCGUGGGAGAGUGAUAGGGGGAGGGAUGGGCAGGGAAGGUUUGUGUUGCCGUAG